AUGUCUGUCUCGCCUCCAAAGACCCCCCCGCUCCACUGCGACCUGACCACGCUCUCGCCUUUACCCCCCGAAGUCAUCUCCCCCAUCUACGCCUACUAUCUCGCCCAAAACCCCCUCGAGAGUCGAAGCCAGUUCCUCAAUCUCAUCACCCUCUCCAAGGAGAUCUAUUCAGAGAAUGCGUGGAGGCUGUAUGAAGCUAUCGAGCUCAAUGAUCAGAAUCACAAGGCGUUUUUCGACGGUUUGUGGAACGCCGAGGACGUUCAUGUAUGCCAGUCUCAAUCCCCGUGUUCUCCUUUUCUUCGAUGCGAGACCUCUACAAAGGAAUUCGCACGGGAAAUGGAGACGUACUCUCAUCCCAAGCGAGAGUUGGAACGACCAUCCCACAUCCCAUCCGACUCUGAUAUCCCGUACCCGAAAUACGAGUAUGAAUCCUACAUCCCCUUCCAUCUUCAUCCCGCCAUUCGAAAAGUGCUCCUCAUACGACAAUGCCGCAGGCUCUGCAUCGAUGGAUGGGAGGUCAUUGAUGGACUGCGAAUGGGCAAUGAUUCGGUCCAAAACGUUGUCACUGCGUGGCCUCGGGGACAUGUCGUCUGUAAUGACGAGGCCUUCGAUUAUACCUGGAUCUCAGACCCCCUAUUCUUCUCCGUCACCCAUCUCUCAUUUGGCGAAAACGUCGGUUCGUAUUGUCCGCCCACGCAGUACAAGUGCUUCGGGCCGGCGCUCAAGCAUGUCUACUUGAGCUUCAACGACAGAUUUUACGAUUUGGAAGGCGAAUUCGUGGAGGCAGCCCGAUUCGGGAUCCUAGAUAGGUUUGAGGAAAGACUGCCAAGGAAGCGCAUCACAAAGCUGCUUCAAGAGCGACUAUCCUUUGCGCUUAGGUCCGAGGUGGAUGAGAAGACGUCCUUGACGCUACACAACGCGUGGCCCGACGACAUUGAACCUGGGCUGGCGGAUACAAUGAUCUAUGAACUGCCGAGGAGUAUGAAGAAUGGCGACGGUGACUGGAAAAGGCAGCUCGCGAUGACGACUUGGGAGAUGAAGGACUACAUGUCUGAGUUGGAAGAGCGGAUGAAAGAUGACAGAUUCGGAGUCAACGUCUGGCGACCCACGAUGAAACCUUGGAAGAUCCGAUUCACUAAUAUGGCGCCCAUCCCACCCAAUACCGACAUCAUUUCGGCCGUCCUCGAUGAUUAUCCCCUCGGUCAUGAUGAACAUUUCGAUGGGUUGUUCAGGAAGUGGUGGGAAGAAGUCGUCAGCUUUGAGGGACCAGUGAAGUGCGACUGCUGCGAGAUCUUCAACAAGAAACACCCGAAAAUCAAUGCCUACAAGUACUCAUACAAUACUCGCUGGAAACAUUUCAAAUACAUUCAGGAAAGAGCGGAUAAAAUUCGCGAAGAGUACGAAUCACGUCAAAGUGUGGAAGGCGCUAUCCACGUGUCUAAAUUUUACCUAUACGACUACUCUUGGUUAUAG